GCUGAAGUUUUUCUUUUAACAGUAACACUGACCAGGAGCUGGAGCACUUGUGACUAUCGCCAGUGCCUACCAUUUUUGGGCAUAAACAUCUACCAUGCAUGGUGCUGAGAUCAUUCAUAUCUAUUAGCUAUUUGAUUUUACACAUAUAGGUUCUCUAUUGUUAUCCUUGCUUCGUAGUUAAGGGCACUGAUGCCUAGAAAGUGUAAAUAAAUUAUCCCACUGGUAUACAGCAGGUAGGUAGCAGAGCUGGACUCUGAACCCAGGUUUGCCUGACUUUUGAGUCAGGCAAAAUUCUGAAGAAUGUGUGUUUUAACUAAAAUGCUUUUUGAGGAGUUCAGUGGGAUUUGUAGACUGGUAAAGAAAGACUUGCAGUGUGGGAUGUGCAGGAGUAAGUGUGAAGAAGGAUCUUUUCUUGACCAUGAGCAGUAGGAUCUGUUUGCUCAGUUGCAAUCAGCUGAACCACUCAUGGGCUAACUGCCCUCACCUCAGGUCAAUAGAUAUUUGUUAUCUGAAUGUGGAUAGUUUACUGGGAAACAAUGUUGCUGGUAAAUGUGUGUUACAGAUCUAGCCUAUUUAACAAUUUAGUCCAAGAGGAAAGAGGAUUCAUGAAGCAGAUGUGGAUUCUGGUCCUUAAGAUGGGUGAGAAUCUAGUGACUGGCUACCAAAUUACUUAUUGAAAAAUUAGUUUUACAGUUUCAAACCAGACACAGAAGAAACCUUAGAUAUAGUCAAAUUAGAGGGGAGCUGAGGAGACAGACAGUACACUAAUAAACAGAUAGACAUCUGAUAUAAUGGCAGAUACUGAUGAGCUCCCUGCAGAAAAGUAAAACAGGGCACAAGGAUAAAGAGUGGUGGGGUAGAGUGGGACCGGGGGCCGUUUAGAUGCAGAGGUCUGAGAAGCCCUCUCUAAGGAAGUAACAUUGGAGAAGAACCUGAAAGUAGGGGAGGGAAGAACCUUAUAGGUACAGGGGACAGCAAAGGUGGGAAUUUGCCUAGGGCUCUUGGGAAAUAGCUAUGAAGGAAGGUGUGAGAGCAGGCACAGAAGAUUAUGCCACAAAGGCUAGGGAGGUGGCAGACAGCUCAGGACGUCCAUAAUACUAGGACACACAAUUCUAUCUCCUGAGUGUGGGCAGCUCCUUAUAUGGCUUUAGUUAUUUGUUCCUGUUUUCCAUCUUCCUUUGCCUUUGCUGUCCUAUUUCUAGAAAGAAUGUGCUUGCUUUGUUACCCAAAGGACAGGGUCUGAGUUCUAUCACAGAUUUCCUCAGAAGAACGUGACACAGACUGGGCGGAGUCUCUGGGUUUAGCCAAAUGAAUCCAUUGUGAUAUCUUGUGGUUUGGGGGAAAAAAAUAAUCAUUGUUUCAAAAAUAAGAUAUGGUAUAUGACCCUUAUAUAUUUUAUAAUUAGAAUAUGGGCCUAAUGUUUUAAAUUUAGUAGGAAACGAAUUUCUUGUGGAAGUACAUAGCAGAAUUUUUAACUGGCAGCAUGAUCUAUAAUAUAGCAGCUACCUCCUUCCUGUAAACACUUGUGUUGGAAUGUUUUGCAUUCCCAUGAAACAAUUUUCCCAAAUGUGUCUUUUUAGAGGAAGUGUAAAUUAUUCUCAUGCUAUUGUGGUAAUGAGAACAUGGUUUAAAAAAAACCAAAAAACAAAAAACACCACCACUAACAACCACAAAAAAACCACCCUGAACUUGCACUGGCCUUGGUAAUGUAAGAAAUGUUGAUACAAGUAUGCUAUCAUGGAGAAUGCAGGGAAGUUACCUGGUUUGUCCCCAAAUGGAGAUUUUUUUUAAUAGUCUAGCUCGUUGUCUAAUGUGUAUUUGCCUCCUUUAGUGUUUAACCAGUUUUUUUUUUUUUUUAAAUCCAGUGAAUCCAGGUAAUUUGACUUUCCACUGAUAAAAUAUUUACUUGUCAUAUUAGGCAGGGUGCUAAACUUGGAAAUUAAAAGUACUGAGUUAAAUUUAAAAUUUGUUGAAAAGUAUUCAUCAUGAUGUAUUCUAUUUAAUGUUUUGGCAGUGCCUCUGGCUCUUCUCAUUUAACAUGCUGGGAGACAGACUGGCAGCAGUUGUAAGUUGAAACCUGGUUGUAUGCAGAAUGAGACUGAUAGGGGUACAAAAUAAAAUGGAGAAAAUUUGAAAGUGUUACUGUGUGUUUCCUUAAAUUAAAAUGUGACACGUUUGCUUAAAAUAGAGUUUGUCAGGGCUAUUAUAACUUCAUGUUAGAUGAUCCUAAGACUGAAACUGGUUUUAAAUAUUGUUCUGAGGAAUAACCAAAUUUGUCUCUUAAAAUGUUGUCAUUAUGUCACACAAUUUGUUUUUAUAUAAUAAGCAUGUUUUACAAUAUGUUUGAGUCAUUUUCCCCAGUAGACCUGAAAUUUAUUACUCAGAGGAAAAGCAUGCAUUUACAAUAUAUUCUUAGCUGCUCCUUUCUAUCAUUCAGCUGUCAAGUCCUAUGGAAUCUAAAAUAGAACUCAACCAAUGGGAGACAGGCUCCACACUGUUUACUGGACAAUUCGGAUGUGGACAGUUUUAUCAUGCACUGCAGCGUCUGUGUUGCAGUGUUGAGGCAGCAGGAUGCAGAGCGCUGUUCAAGUUUUCCAGUGGGGUCCCUCAAAGGGACAACUUUGAAAGAUAGCUAGCUUCUAAAAAAUAAGAAAUAGACAGUUACUGUACCUGACUUGGGGCUGCUCUUAAUCAAGUGCUGCAUUGCAAGGAAGAUAAUAUUCAAGCGUUAUGAAGGCGGAGAAGGAUCCUGAAGACGAAGAAAAUAUCGUUAGAGAUCCAAGCUAAGUGUAGCACAGUAUGUGAGGGACUGAGUCACUUGUCAGGAGUUUGUCUGAGGGUUUGCUUUGUGAGCUUACAGAGAUUUGUAACUUAAUGCAAAGUAGUUUGCCAUUAGCAACAAGAAACUAAAUCCUGUCUAUGAUGAACUGUUGGUUUUCUUGUGCUCCUAAGAACAGACAUGCAGCAGAUUGGAAUAAAUAUGAUGACCGAUUGAUGAAAGCAGCCGAAAGGGGGGAUGUAGAAAAAGUGUCCUCAAUCCUUGCUAAAAAGGGGGUCAAUCCAGGCAAACUAGAUGUGGAAGGCAGAUCUGCCUUCCAUGUUGUGGCCUCAAAGGGGAAUCUUGAGUGUUUAAAUGCCAUCCUUAUACAUGGAGUUGAUAUUACAACCAGCGACACUGCAGGGAGAAAUGCUCUUCACCUGGCUGCUAAGUAUGGACAUGCAUUGUGCCUACAAAAACUUCUACAGUACAAUUGUCCCACUGAGCAUGCAGACCUGCAGGGAAGAACUGCACUUCACGAUGCAGCAAUGGCAGAUUGUCCUUCUAGCAUACAGCUGCUUUGUGACCAUGGGGCCUCUGUGAAUGCCAAAGAUGUAGACGGGCGGACACCACUUGUUCUGGCUACUCAGAUGAGUAGGCCAACAAUAUGUCAACUGCUGAUAGAUAGAGGAGCGGAUGUUAAUUCCAGAGACAAACAAAACAGAACUGCCCUCAUGCUAGGUUGCGAAUAUGGUUGCAGAGAUGCAGUAGAAGUCUUAAUUAAAAAUGGUGCUGAUAUAAGCUUGCUGGAUGCGCUUGGCCAUGAUAGUUCUUACUAUGCAAGAAUUGGUGACAAUCUGGACAUUCUAACCUUGUUGAAGACUGCAUCGGAAAAUACCAACAAAGGGAGAGAACUUUGGAAGAAAGGACCGUCUUUGCAACAGCGAAAUUUGACACACAUGCAAGAUGAAGUAAAUGUGAAGUCACAUCAGAGGGAGCAUCAAAAUAUUCAGGAUUUGGAGAUUGAAAAUGAAGAUUUGAAAGAGAGGUUGAGAAAAAUUCAGCAAGAACAACGAAUACUUUUGGAUAAAGUCAACGGUUUACAGUUACAGCUGAAUGAGGAAGUUAUGGUUGCUGAUGAUCUGGAAAGCGAGAGAGAAAAGCUGAAGUCCCUUUUGGCAGCCAAAGAAAAGCAACAUGAAGAAAGCUUAAGGACUAUUGAGGCUCUGAAAAAUAGGUUUAAAUAUUUUGAGAGUGAUCAUUUAGGAUCAGGAAGUCAUUUCAGUAACCGAAAAGAAGAUAUGCUUCUUAAACAAGGUCAGAUGUAUAUGGCAGACUCACAGUGUACUUCCCCAGGUAUACCAGCCCAUAUGCAAAGCAGAUCUAUGUUAAGACCUCUGGAGCUAUCUUUACCCAGUCAAACAUCAUACUCCGAAAAUGAAAUUUUAAAGAAAGAGUUAGAAGCAAUGCGAACUUUCUGCGAGUCAGCAAAACAAGACCGAGUGAAGCUCCAAAAUGAACUGGCACACAAAGUGGCAGAAUGCAAAGCUUUAGCAUUAGAAUGUGAAAGGGUCAAGGAGGAUUCAGAUGAACAGAUAAAGCAAUUAGAAGAUGCAUUAAAAGAUGUGCAGAAGAGGAUGUAUGAGUCAGAAGGUAAAGUUAAACAAAUGCAGACCCAUUUUCUUGCCCUUAAAGAACACUUAACAAGUGAAGCAGCCUCAGGGAAUCACAGACUAACCGAGGAACUGAAGGAUCAGUUGAAAGACAUGAAAGCAAAAUAUGAAGGUGCUUCAGCAGAAGUGGGGAAAUUAAGAAACCAAAUCAAACAAAAUGAGAUGAUAGUGGAAGAGUUUAAGAGGGAUGAAGGCAAGCUGAUAGAAGAAAAUAAGCGAUUACAGAAGGAACUUAGUAUGUGUGAAAUGGAGCGAGAGAAGAAAGGAAGAAAGGUCAAAGAGAUGGAAGGCCAGGCAAAAGAAUUGUUAGCAAAGUUGGCCCUUUCCAUUCCAGCUGAAAAAUUUGAAAACAUGAAGAGCUCAUUAUCAAAUGAAGUGAAUGAGAAAGCAAAAAAAUUAGUAGAAAUGGAAAGAGAACAUGAAAAAUCCCUUAGUGAAAUUAGACAGUUAAAGAGAGAACUUGAGAAUGUUAAGGCCAAGCUUGCUCAGCACAUCAAACUAGAGGAACAUGAACAGGUUAAGAGCAGAUUAGAACAGAAAUCAGGAGAACUUGGGAAGAAGAUCACUGAGUUAACAUUGAAAAAUCAGAUACUACAAAAGGAAAUUGAAAAAGUUUAUCUGGAUAAUAAGCUCCUCAAGGAGCAAGCACAUAACUUAACAAUUGAAAUGAAAAAUCAUUAUGUUCCUUUAAAAGUAAGUGAAGACAUGAAAAAGUCACAUGAUGCAAUUAUUGAUGAUCUUAAUAGAAAGGUUUUAGAUGUAACACAAAAAUACACAGAAAAGAAGCUGGAAAUGGAGAAAUUGCUACUGGAAAAUGACAGCUUAAGUAAGGAUGUGAACCGCCUAGAAACUGUGUUUGUACCUCCUGAGAAACAUGAAAAAGAGGUAACAGCUCUGAAAUCCAAUAUUGUUGAACUUAAGAAACAAUUGUCUGAACUUAAGAAAAAAUGUGGUGAAGACCAGGAGAAAAUAUACGCUCUCACAUCUGAAAACAGUAACUUGAAGAAGAUGAUGAGUAAUGAGUAUGUGCCGGUUAAAACCCAUGAAGAGAUUAAAAUGACACUGAAUAACACGUUAGCUAAAACUAACAAAGAAUUAUUAGAUGUGAAGAAAAAGUUUGAAGAUAUAAAUCAGGAAUUUGUAAAAAUAAAAGAUAAGAAUGAAAUACUAAAAAGAAACCUGGAAAACACUCAGAACCAAAUAAAAGCUGAGUACAUCAGCCUGGCAGAGCACGAGGCAAAGAUGAGCUCGCUAAGUCAGAGCAUGAGAAAGGUGCAGGAUAGUAAUGCUGAAAUACUGGCCAACUACAGAAAAGGCCAAGAAGAGAUUGUGACACUGCAUGCCGAAAUUAAAGCCCAGAAGAAGGAGCUCGACACAAUACAAGAAUGCAUUAAGGUAAAAUACGCCCCAAUUGUCAGCUUUGAGGAGUGCGAGAGAAAAUUUAAAGCAACAGAGAAAGAACUAAAAGACCAGUUAUCAGAGCAGACACAGAAGUAUAGUGUCAGUGAAGAAGAAGUCAAGAAAAACAAGCAAGAGAAUGAUAGGUUAAAGAAGGAGAUUUUUACCCUUCAGAAAGAUUUGAGGGAUAAGACAGUUCUCAUUGAGAAGUCUCAUGAAAUGGAAAGAGCAUUAAGCAGAAAAACAGACGAGCUAAACAAACAGUUAAAAGACUUGUCACAGAAAUAUGCAGAAAUAAAGAAUGUGAAAGAGAAGCUAGUAGAAGAAAAUGCCAAACAGACCUCUGAGAUACUUGCAGUGCAAAAUCUUUUGCAAAAACAACAUGUUCCAUUGGAACAGGUUGAAGCUCUGAAAAAAUCUCUUAAUGGCACAAUUGAAAAUCUAAAGGAAGAAUUGAAGAAUAUGCAAAGGUGUUACGAGAAAGAGCAGCAGACAGUGACCAAACUGCAUCAGUUGUUGGAGAAUCAAAAGAACUCUUCUGUACCCCUGGCAGAGCAUUUGCAGAUUAAAGAAGCAUUUGAGAAAGAAGUUGGAAUCAUAAAAGCUAGCUUGAGAGAAAAGGAAGAAGAAAGCCAAAACAAAAUGGAAGAAGUCUCCAAACUUCAGUCUGAGGUUCAGAAUACUAAACAAGCGUUAAAAAAAUUAGAGACUAGAGAAGUAGUUGAUUUGUCUAAAUAUAAAGCAACAAAAAGUGAUUUGGAGACACAGAUUUCCAGCUUAAAUGAAAAAUUGGCCAAUCUGAAUAGAAAGUAUGAGGAAGUAUGUGAGGAAGUUUUACAUGCCAAGAAGAAGGAAAUAUCUGCAAAAGAUGAGAAGGAAUUACUGCAUUUCAGCAUUGAGCAAGAAAUCAAGGAUCAGAAGGAACGAUGUGAUAAGUCCUUAACAACAAUCACAGAGUUGCAAAGAAGAAUACAAGAAUCUGCUAAACAAAUAGAAGCAAAAGAUAAUAAGAUAACUGAACUGCUUAAUGAUGUGGAAAGACUAAAACAAGCACUCAAUGGCCUUUCCCAACUCACCUACACAAGUGGGAACCCUACCAAGAGGCAGAGCCAGCUGAUUGACACUCUGCAGCACCAAGUGAAAUCUCUGGAGCAACAGCUGGCUGAUGCUGACAGACAGCAUCAAGAAGUAAUUGCAAUUUAUCGAACACACCUUCUUAGUGCUGCACAGGGUCACAUGGAUGAAGAUGUUCAGGAGGCUCUGCUCCAGAUCAUACAAAUGCGGCAGGGGCUUGUGUGCUAGCAGUUAGCACUGACGGCCAGUAUCUGUUUUAUCUUGCUGGUGCUGAACAUUCUUUGUGCAACUCCAUGGUCUUUCUGGGCCUUACUGUGCUGGUAUAAUUAAAAUAAAAUAUAUUUUGUUCCAUUGGUAGGUUUUUUUAAAAAAUUAGAUGAAUAUAUUAGUCUUUUUCAAUAUCAGUUUGAAUCUUAUUUUCUGUAUGUGUUAAUUUUACAAAUAGGCAAACAACAUAACACUUCGCCCUGGAUUGACUACAUAUUUUUAAACCUUCAAGUCCCUAAUAAAACAUGAGCCAUCUGAGUGAGUCCAUACGAAGCGAGGUUAGGCUGAAAUAAUUUCUUAAAGAUGUCUUUCAGAGAAAUUAAUUUGGUUGGUGGCCACUUUUAGGUGGAUCAAAAAACCUUUCAGAUCCUCAGAACCUUGAGACAUACAGUUGCGAGGAAUGUGUUAUAACUUGGCUGGCCAAGUUACAUAUUACAGUAUCUUUAUUGAGGUAACUUCAUUAGUGUCUUUGGCCUUUUUUGUAGUUAUAGGUAUUUUUUCUUUUUACACUAAUAACUUUUAUGCCUUUUAAAAUAAAUUAAUUUUCAUAAAUGGUUUGUGGUACUAAAUUACAGUUAGAUUAAGAACAGGCAGGGGUGGAAUAUAUCAGGAAUUUAUAAUAAAAUUACCUCAAUCUCUACAACAGUAUCUUAAUUUUUACUUGUGGUGACUAUUCUUGCCACACUAUUAGUGAAUAGUGAUAAAUGAUAUACUAGAUUUUUCAAAGUGUCAAAACCUUUAGACUUUUUUUAGCAAUUAGUUUGACAUUUGCUACUAUAGUAACCAAGCACUCAUUAUAUAUGCAUCCUCCACAUGUUUCAUGCUUAUUUAUAGGAAAGUUAUACUAAUGAGAUUAAUAAUGUGAAAUACAGUUUUCCUGCAAAAUCAGCAUUAGAGAAUUGAUUUUAGAUAACAGAUUUUCGAAGUUUUAGAGACAAGUGCAGUAAUACAGUAAACGGAAAGAGUAUAUAGAUAGCAAUAAAAUAACAUAAGUGGACAUGUUUAUAGUAAAUACUCUGAAGUAACCAACCGUUUUUAUUUACUGCGUCUCAUUAGGGAAAGUUUAUAUGCCUUGUUAUUUUUUAUUAACAUUUUAUUUACCAUUCGGAGUGAAAAUUACUAAUUUGAGUAUUAACAAAUAACUGAAUAAAUGGAUCAUUGCAGUUAGGUUUUCUCAAAUUGCAAAAUUUGCCUUAGCAAUAAUCUUUGAACAUCCUGAACCAGAUUUUGUAAUCCUAUUUUUUUUAAUAGGGUAAAAGUACCAUCAAAAUGACUUCUCAUACCAAAGAAUAAGUCAUCAUAUUUUUUCAGUGUUGAAACAACAUUGAAAGUCAGAAUGGGAUUUAUUUUUAAUUCUUUAUAUGGUUUACAUAAGCAAUAUCUGUUUCUUUAAUUAUUAUGUUUAAUGUUGUCCUUCAGCAUGAGUUCUGUUUCACAAGUUUUGGGCCACCUAUUUCAAUAAAAAAAAAAAUUUAAAAAGUUGCCAGGGGUAGUGGCUUAUGCCUGUAGAAUCCUUUGGGAGGCCAAGGCAAGUAGAUCACCUGAGGUCAGGAGUUCAGACCACCUGACCAAUAUGGUGAAACCCCGUCUCUAUUAAAACUACAAAAAUUAACUCGGCAUGGUGGCGGACGCCUAUAUUCCCAGGUACUUGGGAGGCUGAGACGGGAGAAUCGCUUGAACGCGGGAGGCGGAGGUUGCGGUGAGCCAAGAUCACGCCACUGCACUCCAGCUUGAGCAACAGCGAGACUCCAUCUCAAAAUAAAAUAAAAUAAAUAAAAUAAAAGCUCUACAAUAGAGCACAGUUUUAAACUGAAUAUUUAUGUUAAGUGUUUUAUUUUCCACAUUAGAGAUGGGAAGGGAACAUUAUGUGUAUUUUAUUUUGUUUUCAACCAUUAAUAAAGUUUUCUCUAGAAUAUUGUUUUGAACAUCCUUGUAAAAAGAUUUGCAAGUUAAACUAGUUUAUUUACUGUCUGUGAGGGCAUUGGGAGUGGGAAACGAUGGGCUCCAGAGUACAAAUGAGAAUACCCAUUUUCCUUCAGCGGUCUGAAGUAAAAUAUCAAGUACCUCCUUCAACUAAUCUUGUCUCAUUCACUCACCUUUUGAUAUUGAAAGUAGAAAUAGCAUUUACAACACUGAAAACUAAAGCUUUUUAAUUAGUAAACAAGUGGAACAUAGGUAAUGGUCAAUGCUGGCCACUGCCAUUCCGUGUUCAGAAAGACUAUGAGACCUGAACAUUUGGCCAAGAGGAAAGAAGAGUGAUGUUGUCUAAGAUGUCGUGAGUGCUCUCUCAGAGAAUCACUCAAUUCCUAUUGGAGUGCAAUCCUUACUUGAAAGCUUUAUUACUCUUGUUCUGUGUAGAUUUUUUUUUUGUCACUUCCCCAUCAGAAAAGCAUAUUCUUUUUGAUAGAGGGUCAGUGUUAUAAAUAAUUGUCUAUUGAAAUAAAAUCAAAUAUUCAUGCAU